CCAGUCCUGCUGCCUGGUUGCUAGGCAACAUUAUACAUCUUUGCGCAGCAGACGUGGGUUUGAAAGUAACAGUACAGGGUAGAGAGUCAGGGGAUCCAGAGACAUUAGCAGGAUGAGCAGGCUAUAUGAUACCGCAGAGCCCAGUUUGGUGGACGAGGAGCUACUGCAGAAGGCAGUGGAGGAGCAAGGCCCUCAAGACCAGGCUGGGCAGAUUGCCAAGGAGGAGGGCAUGCAGUAUGAGGAAGUCUCCCAAUUGCGCCUGGACUACAAGAACAUCCUGAAGAUUGAUCACCUGUGGCAGUUCACGUCUCUGACCAAGCUACAACUGGACAAUAACAUAAUUGAGAAGAUUGAAGGACUGGGGCGCCUCACUAAUCUGAAAUGGCUGGAUCUGUCCUUCAAUAACAUUGAGGGGAUCGAGGGGUUGGAUACUCUGGUGAAGCUGGAAGACUUGAGUCUCUACAACAACAGAAUCUCUGUCAUUGAGAACAUGGACACACUUCUAAACCUACACGUUCUCUCUAUUGGGAACAACUUCCUGGCUCAGUUAGAAAAUGUGAUCUACCUCAGAAAGUUCAAGAACCUGCGUACUCUCAACCUAGCUGGAAACCCCAUCUGCAAAGAGGACCGCUACAAGAUCUUUGUUGCUGCCUACCUUCCGGAGUUGGUUUACUUGGACUUCAGGCUAUUGGAUGAACAAACACGAGAGCAGGCGUUUGGAAAAUACCAGUAUGCCAUUGAGGAGAUGCGCCACAAUGAGGCCCAGGAGAGAAGGGCGAUGGAUGCUAGGCAAGAGCAAGAGGACGAGCUGCAGUUGCACAGGGAUGCCUUUGUGGAGCUCUUGAAUGGCCCAUAUCUGUUUGACAGCAUGUACGCAGAUGAUGCAGAGGCAGCCAAGCUGGCCUACCUCCCCGGAGUGUCUGUUCUACUAGAGACAUACAAGAGCCACCUGGUGGCGCUGUGUGUGCAGGUGUUUGAGAUUGGCUUGGCACAGCGCGGCAGGAGGGAAGACGAGGUCAAGUCUUUCUUUGACUGUUCCAGAGAAGCCGUGGACGACAACCAGCAGAGAGCAGCACAGAUCGCUGCAGACUUUGAGAAAGCCAGGAGACAGGUGAUGUCUGAGAUACAGCAGGCCACAGACGCACGUCUCCUGGAGGCCCAGCUGAACCACUGCAGCGAGGAGAUCAACCAGCUCUGUGACAGCCUCAUGACCCAGGAGCUGCAGCUCGUCGACCAGCUGGAGGACAUAAUCAAAGAUUUUGAGAGGAACAUUUCAGACAUGGUUGCCGGAUUCAUUGAAGUUGUUCAAGGAAUUUUCGCCCAGUGCCGAGACUUAGAGAACCACCAUCACGAGAAGCUACUGGAAAUCGCUGUGGCAACCCUGGAGCGAGUGGCCAAGAAUGAGCUGGAGGAGGAUAUGCCAGAUGAUGUCCGAAUGCUGUUUGUAGACAAGGACACAGUGAUCAAUGCAGUCAGCGCCUCCCACGACACCCACCUGAUGAAGAUCGACAACCGUGAGGACGAGCUGAUGACGUCCUGCAACAGCUGGAUGAGUGCUCUGAUGAAAUCGGUACAAGAUGAAGAGGUGAAGCGGAAUCGCAAGCGCAUCUCAGAGAUUCACAACUACAUUGACUACGUUAGGGAUCAGCUGGAUGAGAUGCAACAUGAUCACCAUUGAUUAAGAAGAGGGGAAAGGAAAUAUAGCAGAAGAAACCAUCCUAACACAGAUUCAAGCCUCACAGACAAGCCUCAGGCAUACAGCAAAUGCCCUUAUUUUCAUACUUACUUAUUUCCAUUAACCUGGAUUAUAAGAACAUUGAAUUGUGUCAAAAUGAAGUUCAUUAUUUUAAUGAAUCCUCAGUGUUAUUUCCCUUGUGUUCAUUUCCAGAAACAGGCAGAAAUGUUUGUCUAUUCCUAACUGGUUCAUAUUUCAACUCUCUAGGACAACUCUGCCAUCUAGUGUGUGUUGUGUGCGCGUGCGUGCGUGCGAGAUACACUAACCAUGCAUAACCAUCAACACCCAACCAAAACCAUUCAACGAAACAUGUUGUUAUGUUUCGAUUAAAAUCGUUGUAUUCUAUAAUACAUUUCAGAA